AAAAAAAAAUCGAGAGUCUUCUGUCUCUAAGCCACAGCCGGCUCUAGGUUUACCAGCAGGCUCUAGGUUCACCAGCCAGCUCAACCUGCAGGCGACCCUACCCGCACCAGCUCUUCAGCCGGCUCUGCAAUUAUAGCCGGCUCUCUUGCAGAUUUUUAAGGCUCGGGUUUCUCUCUCUCCCCGCACAAACCAACCCAAAUCUGUUUCAAACCAGCGACCUCUCCUCUCCCAAAACUCGCCAUUCACUCUCUCAAUCACCAAAAUCCCUCCAAAUCUCCAAAGCCCAUCCCUUAAACACUCAAAUACCUUCAAAUCCUUGCCUACCCAACACAAAACCUCAAGCUUUUCACUUCAAUUUGUGUGGGAUCUGCUGUAUUUUUGGUGUGGUUGUUGGGAUUUCUCUCUCAUGGCUUCAAGAAGGGUUGGAAGUAAAAGGAGACAAGUGGGUAGUUCUAGCACUGGUGGUCAAGCUCAAGAAGAAGAAGAUAUACCUGAAGGAGGAGAUGAUGAGUUUCUAGAUGUGAAUCAUGCCUUAGUUAGAGCCACAAUUGCCCCCAAUUGCACUGAAAAUCAAAUUAAAGUGGGGUCUCUUUCACCAGAAAAUAGAACAUUGCAGUGGAUUAUAUCUCGCAUUAUUGCUCAGAGGAAGGGUUCUAAAUCUUAUGUUUUUGCCAGUGAUCUUCCCUGGUUUUACUAUCUUCUUAACAGAAAAAGGGUGAACCUAGGAAGAUACAUUUUCCGGAGCAUAAUCAAGCCUUACUCACCAACUACAGGACUUCCUCAUGGUUCUUUAAUUACCAGAUUGGUGAAGAGGAACAAUAUUGAUCUUACCUCCUUUAGGUUCAGAACGGUUCUUGGUGGGACUACACUUACCAAAACCUCUUUUGAGAAAAUGGACUGUUUGUUUAGAAAUGGCAUUUGGAUAAAGAAAGGGGAACAAGAAGGGGAUAAAGAAGAAGGUGAUACAGAUCAAGAAAUGGUAGAACAAGGGGCAGAAGAACAUGAAGAUGACAGCCCAAGACCAUUUCGAGCCUCCAUGCAAAGAACUAACCGUGAAACCAUGGACUUAAUGAUAUCUGAGAUGCAGCAGCUGCACACUGACUUUUAUGGUUUCUGGAUAGAAAUGAGAGGGAGAAUGACUAACGUGGAAGGAAAGCUGACUAACGUGGAAGGAAAUCUUGAUCGGCUUGUUAACCAUUUUUUUCCUCCACCCCCACCUGAUGCCACCUAACUUGAUAUUUCUUUAGUUUGGCUAAUCUUUAGGAUGGACAUCUUAGGGUUAUGCAUUUUAUGUUUUAUUUGACUAUGGAUAUGUCUUGAACCUUUUUAUCUUGUUUUAUGAAUGGAAAUGGCAUCACUUGUGUUAUCAUGCUUUGUGAAUGGUUGUUUAUGAUUUUGAUGAUAAUAUGCUCUUAUUGGGGGGGAGUUUAUUGGUUGAUGAUUGUAUUCAUGUCUUUGGUUGUCUAUGGUGCUAUAUUGAUGAUGAUUGAUGAUUAGAUGCUUUAAAGGGGGAGAGAAUAUGCUGAAUUUAAUGUCAUUUUCUAGAGUACCUUGUGCUGAAAUUCUGGUUAAUAUUGAAGUAUUUAUGUGCUUUCAUUAAUUAAUUCUCAAAGUGUUUUGUCAUCAUCAAAAAGGGGAAGAUUGUUGUACCUAUGAUUUUGAUUAUUACAAAACACAUUUGAAUGACUAAUUGGUUUAUUUAAGUGUGUAGUUAAGUUGCUAAAAGAUUGCAAGUAAACUUGGAUUGCAUUA